UUUAUACAGGGAACUCUGAGACACGGGGGAUUUUUACAUAACUGUUUGGAUUUGGCAACCCUGCCUGAGAGCGACUCCUGCCAGUGCAGCGCUGCUGAGGUUGAGCGUAAACCUCGCAACUUACAACAUGGCAGUGUUUUGCAGAUCGGCUGUUUCAAUUUUGAAGCCAGUUACCUUUAUUCCGUCUGCAUCUGCAGCUCUCCGACAGUACAGCUCAGGUGGCCAGUACCAGUAUAUCCUGGUUGACAAAAAAGGAGAAAAGAAGAAUGUUGGUUUCAUCCAGUUAAACAGACCCAAGGCCCUGAACGCCCUCUGUGAUGACCUGAUUCUCGAAGUGAAUCAAGCCCUGGAUAGCUUUGAACAAGAUGGUGAGGUUGGAGCAGUAGUCAUCACAGGCAGUGAAAAAGCAUUUGCAGCUGGGGCCGACAUCAAAGAGAUGCAGAAUAGAACUUUUCAUGAGUGUUAUGGUGGCAACUUCUUGGCACACUGGAACAAAGUAUCAGCAGUUAAAAAACCUGUUAUAGCUGCUGUAAAUGGAUUUGCUCUUGGUGGAGGUUGUGAAUUGGCCAUGAUGUGUGACAUAAUUUACGCUGGAGAAAAGGCACAAUUUGGACAGCCUGAAAUCUUGCUGGGAACCAUUCCAGGUGCUGGUGGUACUCAGAGACUCACUCGGGCUGUGGGUAAAUCUAUGGCCAUGGAGAUGGUCCUCACAGGAGUCCGGAUUUCAGCACAAGAGGCCAAACAAUCUGGUCUUGUAAGUAAAGUGUUUCCUGUGGACCAGGUGGUAUCUGAAGCAAUCAAAUGUGGUGAGAAAAUAGCCAGCAAUUCCAAACUUGUAUCAGCAAUGGCAAAGGAGGCUGUUAAUGCAGCAUUUGAACUGUCGCUGACUGAAGGCAAUCGAUUAGAGAAGAGAUUAUUCUAUUCAACCUUUGCUACAGAGGACAGAAAAGAAGGCAUGACUGCAUUUGUUGAGAAGAGGAAAGCCGCAUUCCAGGACAAGUAGAGGUUCAGAUCAGAAGACGGUGAUUUUUUAAAUACACUAAUGUUUAGUCUGUGAUUAGAUGCUGUUACUGAAAGACUGUACUUUGCCUUAACUUGAUUUUAUGUCAAGUGUGAAAUCAGGUGAUCAAGAGCUCACAAACUGUACAAGAAGCAUCACAAGCUGAAAUGUCAUGACAUUUGCCUUUUCUCUCAAUCUAAAUUCAUCAUUCACAUUAUCAUUGAGAGAUGUUCUGUUUAAUGUUCAGUAAUUGUCUUCAAAUAAAACUCAUUUCGAGAAAUGUA